GACUUUUCAACACCUCCUGUGGUUUUUUGGGGGGAAGAAAACCAACAACGAAUUUCCCGAAAUGUUUGCGAACAAUUAAAAGGCAAAGGCGUUUUGAUCUAUCAGCUAAGUAAACAAUCACUGAUACGGUCCACAUCCUGAGAUAUUAUCGUCCCUCAGUGUGGACACCGGCGAGAUGACAGCUGCUUUUUCAUAUUUGAAUGUAAUAAAUAUUUUCUGCUUUUAAUAUAUUUCGGAGUCCCUCCCCUGUAUUCCCUGGAAUUUUAACUCUAAAAGAUUGGAGAAAAGAUUAUCGAAAAGGCUUUUACAAGCCUCCAAAAUGAUGCUGAGUCCGGACCAAGCCGCCGACUCGGACCACCCUAGCUCGGCGCACUCGGAUCCGGAGUCGUUGGGCGGCGCGGACGCCAAGGUGCUGGGCAACGUGUCGGACCUGGAGCCGGUGGAGGAGGCCGAGGGCGACGGCAAGGGCAGCGGCCGGGCCGCGCUCUACCCGCACCCGCAGCAGCUGAGCCGCGAGGAGAAGCGCCGCCGCCGGCGUGCCACGGCCAAGUACAGGUCGGCUCACGCCACCCGCGAGCGCAUCCGCGUGGAGGCCUUCAACCUGGCCUUCGCCGAGCUCCGCAAACUGCUGCCCACGCUGCCCCCGGACAAGAAGCUCUCCAAGAUCGAGAUCCUGCGCCUGGCCAUCUGCUACAUCUCGUAUCUCAACCACGUCCUGGACGUGUAGGGGCGGGCGCGCUGCCGGAGGCUGCGGGUCUGGAUGUCGGGGGACCGAGACCCACCCCGGAGACUUGGCCCGUGGAAGAAGUU